GAGAGAGAAAAUGAUGGUUGAAUGACAAUUGGAAGGCGAGGAAUGAGGAGCGGCAGUUGCAGUGCGAAGGUCUGAAUCCAAAGCACGACUGGAACCGUUCCCAAAAUUUCUGCCGCACAGAUAAAAUUUGGGGAUGUGAGGAGAGAGUAAGUCUCAAACCUUUGGGGGAAAAAGGCUCCUCCGCCGGUAGCGCAAGGAAGCGACACCUGCAAUGAUGGGAGUUACGCUCCUGAGCCUCACACUCGCAUGGCUGUGUUCAGUUGGCGCGGACACCAAUGUCCCCGUGGUGGAAAAUUUGGAUGUGCAAAAGCUUGCAGGGAAAUGGUACCCCAUCAUCACAGCGAAACGUGAAUUCAUGCCGAGGCCAAACUACGCAUACACAAUAGAGCCCUCGGAGAAUGGAGAUAUCCUUCUCAAAGUAGAGAUCCCCCGAUUUGGAACCUGCAAGAUCCAAAAGGUUGUUUUGCACACUGUGAGCCCCAGCGUCUUCAGCAUGGAUGAGGGGUUGACCACCAUUCGCAUCGUGGACACUGACUAUGACACGUACCUCAUCAUCCAUUUCACCAGCGAGAAGCUUGUCUACCUCAACCUUCAAGGAAGGCAAAAGGAUGUUCUAGACCACGUGAAGAGAAAGUUUAUGGCUUUUGUGGAGAAGCUGGAGUUCAACCCGGAGCGUCUCUUCUACCGCCAUGAUAUGGAUUUGUGUACCGACCCGCCAGCUGGAAAUUAGGAAAAACACGAAAGCUCUCUGGACUUCCAUCUGCAGACUUUCCGGCCGGACGCAGAGAUGACCGCAGUGGCUGCGGCCUCCUUCCCCUUUUCUCCUUCCCACCAUCCUCCACUUCUUGGCUUCUCUAAUUCUGUUUAAAUAAA